AUGAUUCACAACAGUAUAGCGAAGGUCAAGGAGAAAUGCGACAGCUCAGGGAAGGUCAAGGAGAAAUGCGACAGCUCAGGGAAGGUCAAGGAGAAAUGCGACAGCUCAGGGAAGGUCAAGGAGAAAUGCGACAGCUCAGGGAAGGUCAAGGAGAAAUGCGACAGCUCAGGGAAGGUCAAGGAGAAAUGCGACAGCUCAGGGAAGGUCAAGGAGAAAUGCGACAGCUCAGGGAAGGUCAAGGAGAAAUGCGACAGCUCAGGGAAGGUCAAGAGGACCCACACCCUGUCAUGGAAGUCAGUUGAAAAACCUCAGACACAAAUCUCUGUCCUUAUGGACAAUAAGAAGAAAGCCAAUAUCAAAGAAAACAGGCACAUACUCAAGUCUGUAGCAGAGAGUGUACUAUACUGUAGUCGCCAGUGCAUUGCACUUAGAGGUACAUCUGAGAAGCAGAAUUCUACUGGCAAUCCUGGAAAUUUUUUGGCCCUGAUGAAACUACUUGCAAACCAUGAUGAGAAACUGAAGCAGCACAUGGAACAGCCAAAGCUCAGAAAUGCCACCUACCUCUCGCCCCAAACCCAAAAUCAGAUGAUUGACGUGAUAGGAAAGCGAAUAAUUCAGGCCCAGAUUGUGGACGAGGUCAAAAAUGCACAGAUCUAUACAGUCAUGGCUGAUGAGGUGACAUCCCAUAAUGUAGAGCUGAUGCCAUUGUGUGUAAGGUUUGUGGACAAAGACCUAAAUAUCAGGGAGGAAUUGCUGGAGAUUUGCUCUCUGCCACGAAUCACAGGCAGCCACAUUGCAACCGCAAUUAAGGAUGUGCUGAGUCAUCUCAACAUGGAGAUUGGUGAUUGCAGAGGCCAGGGGUAUGAUGGUGCAAGCAACAUGAGCAGUCAAAAUGUUGGUGUCCAGGCUCUGAUCAAGAAGGACGCACCUAAAGCAGUGUACAUGCACUUAGUGCGCAACAUGAUUGACAAGAUGAAGUUUACCAUCAUAUUCUUUACCUACAGCCCAAAGCAACUACUCAUGGAGGUUGUACAUAAGGAUGCACACUCUAUGGGACAGAGGAAACCACUGAUUGACAUAUGUCGCACAAGAUGGGCAGAAAGACAUGACGCAUACAGCCACUUUUAUAGUGCCUUCGUCUUUAUUGUUAAGGCUCUAGAAGUCAUUGCACUUGGUCUCCAUACAGAAGAUUACAGCCAAGAUGUCACCACUGGAUGGCAGAGCAAGUACAAAGCAGAGGCCUAUAGUCUCUUGUCUGGGCUCCAAAACUUUGGUUUCAUCCUGACCUUCCUCACCGUCUAUCAAGUCUUGUCCCACCUUACAGGCAUCACAGUGAAGCUGCAAAAAGCCUCAGUUGACAUCGUGGAGGCAUUUAGCAUGGUAGAUGAGGUCAAGAAUAUCUACAAGGAGCUACGCGAGACAAUUGAGGAUGACUUCAACCAGAUCUACAAGCAAGCCAUCAGGAUGGCUGCUCAGGUCGAUGUUCAGCCUACCAGUCAACCACGUGUUGCUGGAAGGCAGACACACAGAGGAAAUGUACCUGCUGAAACUGUGAAGGACUACUAUCGUCGCAACAUGGCUAUACCUUUCCUUGACCAUGUCAUCUUGGAGUUUGAAUCCAGAUUCAGUCCUCUAUCUGUAACCGCAUCAAGGCUCCUGGGUCUAAUUCCGUCUAUACAGUGCAACUCAGGUGUGACAGUGGACAUUUCUGAAGUAGUCCAACUUUACCAAGAUGACUUACCUUCACCAGAGCUGAUUGACCAGGAACUGAAACGCUGGACACUUAAGUGGCAAAACACGCCAUCAGAACAAAGACCAACUUCAUGUGCUGAGGCAAUCAAACAAUGUGAUGCGCUGAUCUACCCAAACAUCUUUAAGCUUCUCAAAAUAGCUUGUACUCUGCCAGUCACCUCAUGUGAAUGUGAACGGUCGGCCAGCACUCUCCGGAGACUGAACACUUUCAUGCGUAGCAGCAUGGGAGAGGACCGCUUGUCAUCCCUGGCCCUCAUCCAUACACACUAUGACAUGGCAGUCAACCUGGAUGAAGCUGUGAACAUAUUCUCUAAAUUGCACCCAAGAAGAUUGGAACUGACCAGUGUACUAAAUCCAUAA